GUUUGCCUCUCAUGGAUGGGAGAUGGAGUCAUAAGACCAGGCCUGCAGACACACACACACACACUCACACACACAACCACACACACACUUUCCCAUGCAAGUCAUGAGUUAUAGAGCUUAAUCAGAGAUAGAGAGAGUGAGAGAAGAUUUUGGAGAUGGAGGAUUUCUUUUGGAGAACUCGGUUCUGGGCGUCUGUGUGCUUGAGGAGAUGUUGUUGGUGUUGUGGAGAUAAAACGAAUGAAGUCGGAAGGGAAGUAAAGGAGGAAAUGUUCGAGAUGAGAGUAGAAGAAUUGAAAGAUGUGGCGAAAAUGGAAGAAAAACCAUCAAAAACUUGGAGCAUGUCCUCCCUACCUGAUGCUGAGCUGGGUGAGCUGGACGGGGUGGAGAAACCACAGCCGCACUGGUUUCACACACUGCAGGUGCGGCGGCUCAGAGUUCAGAGAGGCCGCAGUAACAGCGAUCCAAUGGGAGGAAAGAGCUUCCAGCAAGAGUUUCAGUGGAAAACUGGCCUACAAUUUGGGAACGCAACAUCUUAUCUGAAUCUGGAAAAACUCGGAGAGGGCACAUAUGCCACAGUUUACAAAGGAAUCAGCAGGAUAAAUGGUCAUCUUGUGGCUUUAAAGGUGAUUCACAUGAAAACUGAAGAGGGAAUUCCAUUCACAGCUAUCAGAGAAGCCUCCUUGUUAAAAGGCCUUAAACAUGCCAACAUAGUCUUGCUUCAUGACAUCAUCCACACGAGAGAGUCCCUCACCUUUGUCUUCGAGUAUGUGCAAACAGAUUUGGCUCAGUAUAUGAUUCAGCAUCCUGGUGGACUUCACUCCUAUAACAUCAGGCUCUUCAUGUUUCAGCUGCUGCGAGGAUUGUCUUACAUUCACGGCAGAAGGAUUCUGCACCGAGACCUCAAACCUCAGAAUUUGCUCAUCAGCUAUCUGGGAGAACUCAAACUAGCUGAUUUUGGACUGGCUCGAUCGAAGUCCAUACCAUGUCAAACGUACUCUGCUGAGGUGGUGACUUUAUGGUACCGUCCACCAGAUGUUCUCAUGGGCUCCACAGAUUACUCCACAGCCCUGGACAUCUGGGGAGCUGGCUGCAUUUUCAUAGAGAUGCUACAGGGGUCACCAGCGUUUCCUGGAGUCGCUGAUGUCUUUGAGCAGCUGCUGAAGAUUUGGACAGUCAUUGGUGUCCCGACUGAGGAGAUCUGGCCAGGUGUCAGUGAUCUGCCAAACUACAAACCAGAGUGGUUCCUGCCCUGCAAGCCCCAGCAAUUCCGAGAUGUCUGGAAAAGGCUCUCUCAGUUACCUUAUAAGACGGAGGAUCUGGCCCAGCAGAUGCUGAUGAUGAAUCCAAAGGACAGGAUUUCAGCCCAGGAUGCAUUGCUGCACCCAUAUUUCAACACUCUUCCACCUCCGUUAAUGCAUCUAAGGGACACUGUGUCCAUCUUUAAGGUGCCGGGCGUGAGGUUGGAGUCGGAAGCGAGGGAUAUCUUCAGCCCCAGCAGACGAACGAAGACGCCUCUCGCUCCACUGGCCAAAUGCUGGUGAAAGACUCUCCUCUGUUAAUAGUUGGUGUGCUUGUGACAACUAAAAACACACCAGCAUGAGUAAACGGGACAAUAGCUAUGCUUCCAUCCAUCUAUUUUAAAGGUCAUAAAACCCUGGACUCAAUUUUCAGGCAUUUUAACAGAUUUGUCAUCAAGUUUUGCAUCUGUUAGCUUCAAUUAUAGAUAAUAGUUGGUUACUUUCAGCGCUUAACAUUAACUUUUAAUAUUACUAGCCACUUGCCCUUUACACUAGCCACGAUUUUGUUGUAGGGAGAUAUAUUUUACUUGCAUAACAUUUGACUUGACAUUUGUAAAUGAGACUUGAUUUAGAUUUUAUGUUAUGUCCACAUGCCCCCUCCCACAUGCUUUGUUUGUGUUGUGUAUGAGCUUGCUUAAUGAGCAUAAGCAAUUGGGUUAAGCUUUUAUAGUGUCGCAUUGCAAAUAGUUUUAUUUCACAUGACUAUUCAGGGCUCAACACUAAAGAUUCAUUUUCUCAAAUUUUAUCACAAUUUUUUCUGACCACACCAAAAAUAAAUAAUUUUUUCUUAGCCACAAUUUUUAAAUAAUGUGUCAAAACAAGCAAAAUAUAGCUGUAUAGAUGCACUUUUUAUUCAACAAAUUAAAAAAAAAAAAGAAACUAUUGAUAAUUAAAAUAUCAUUAUUACCAUGUAUCUAAAAUAACGACUAGGUCUCUUAGAUCACCAGUUAACUACACAUAAAUGGGGAGUUAAUCUCCUAUUAAAGCAAUGUUAUUGUAAAAAAAAUUUAAUUAAUCCAUAUUAAACAUAACUAAGCAAAAGAAAGCAGGUGAAAAAUAUAGGCCUACCGUAUGUGAUAAUGAACAAAUGAUCACGUGCAUAUGGUUAGGCCAGUAACAAUCUGUUCAAAGAAUGGUUAAAGCAAAAGUGGCAACUACUGUUGGUUACAAAAAACAUUUUUAAAAACAUCAGGGGCCUCAUGUACGAAGACUUGCGUUGAAUUCAUACUAAAACGUACACGCACAUUCACAGCUUUAUGUGUACGCAGUAAAAAAUUCAGAUGUAUGAAACACUGCAUACACGAAAUCUCACGCAUAUUCUCUUUGUACAUCCAACUUACUGUGAAACUGACCACACGUGCAGGAGCGCAAAGUUUGUUGCUUUAGCUCUGUCAAAAAUUACAGUUGGAUGGGCGUGGUUAAGUAUGUUAGCCACGCCCAAUCCCUCCGACAGACCUAAUCUGAGAAUUUAACUGGAAACAAAGGGCAAAUGAUUUUUUUCUUAAUGACAUUAGAUGAAUCAUUCACCACAAAACUAAAGCUAACAAAAUCAAUAUGGUUAGUUAGGAUUUCAUGUGUACUUUAAAGCGUAUUUAAUAAUAUCGCUCAAAAAUAUGGAAGAUGACAAGAUACUCAUAAAUAUUUGAAUUAAACUAAUGCUCACAACUGAUUAAAAUAAACCUUUCAUCCAAUAAAAAAAUGGGUUUAAAAUGCUGUGGGAACGCAUUUACUGAAUUAAAUUUCAGGAUGCGCAUCAAAGUGUGAUUCGGUUUGAAGAUUUAGUUUUAUCAUGUGUUGACAAAAAUGGGUGUGAUGGGACAGCGUUAAUGAACAAAACAGCAGGCUGACAACAUUGCACAAUGUCUGAAAUGUUGUUUUGGUCAUUCUAGAAUUGUCUAAAAAGCGUCUGUGUUUCAAAAGCCACCACACAUUCAUUAGCAGUUUGUCUUUAUUAUCUGAGGCGAAAGAAAUCUAGUAUAUGUAACGAUGGGGUGGAGUGACAGACACAACAGGAGGUAAGAUCCAAUAUGCAGGUUUAUACAGCGUCAGGCAAGCAGUGGUCAUACAGGUGCAAACGUGUAUGUUAAGGCAGUCCAGAAUCGUAGUCGGUAUAAACAGGCAACAGGUCAAAAGGCAGGCGGCUAAACAGGAGAACAAAGGUAAACAAGGCUAGGGUCUAACACGGAGAAACAAGACAGGGAUAACCGCUUUGUAAUGCAACUGAAACAGCUAACAAGACUCGGCAACCAGGGUGAGUGAAUGAGUGGUUUAUGUAUGGGGUGUUAUCAGUCUCUGACAGGGUUCAGCUGGUGAGUGCAAUCAAGUUAGAUGAAUGAGCAGGCGUGCGUGUCUGGGAGAAGUGCAUGUAUGAAUGUGUAGUCCUGGGGAAUGCGGAAGUGUAGUCCUGAGAGUUCGUGUGAGAACCAGCGAUCUCUGGAGAGCGAUCGCUGGUUGUGUGACAGUAUUUAAGAAAAAAAGCUCACAGUGGCUUCAUCUCCUGCAGCAAAUUCCAUUUUUAUUUUUGAUAUUUGGUAAUUUUGUUGAAACUGUGCUUUAUUCGCAAAUAUUUUAUUAAAUGUUCCAGUUUUGCUAAGUCUAAUGGAUGGAUGGAAACAUAGCUAUAAUGUUGCAUGACAGUGACGCUUGUAUGUCGUUUGUUCAGAAUCAGCUUCAUGUAACAGAUUUCCAAUAGAACAUCAGAUACAGGUUCAAAGGAUUUGUGUUUUUACAUUUAGAACUAAAGAGAGAGUUUUACGGUAGAUCAUGACGAUCCAAAUCCAAGCCGAUUUAUCAUCAUGAAACGUCCUCCUAUAUUUUGAGAUGGUAAUAAUCAGCAACAGAGGAUCAGAUAUGUCUGCUUUCCAGCACACUUGAAUACAUUUAAGUUAAAUGCACUUGUUAUUAAUUUUAUAUGACAUCAGAUUUUUGUAUAUAUUGCACAGAAGAGAUUGAGAGUGUGAGAGAGGUGUUAUGUGAUAUGAAAAUACCUUUGGGAAAAAUAUGUCUACUAAUAUUUCAAAGCUCUAUUGUGAAAAACUAAUUACUUGUAUGGAUUCAUAAAUGAAAAAAAAAACACCUGAAGAGAGUCUCAUCUAAAAUAACCUGUUUUUGUACAACAUAUUCUCAUAUUUCACCCGUACUCUAUUGGCCACUGCGUUAAAACAUGUUCAGAGGUCUUUUUAGACAGAAAUGUGUUUAUAAGUUCCUAACGAAUCGUUUCAGUAACUUUACAAAUUGGCAUAAUGUGUAAUUACUGUGUACAAUGCAGAGAUUGAGGCUUGCUGCUUGUCAGUCAAUGUUGUAAGUAAGGAUGUACAGCAAUACUACACGUUCAGAUAAUAGACACUCAAUGCCACUCAGCGCUGAUGUCAUAAAUGGAUGUGCCUGAGUGUAUCCACACAUUUCAGCAUAAUAUGCAAUACUGUUAAAUCUGUGUAUGUAUUCAUCAAGUCGUAUACAAUAAAGCUGUGUCUUCACCUCUGAAUAAAUAUUGUAAAAAUGGCACCGGUAAA